AUGGAUCAGGCGGCGGGCGUGCAGCAGGGCGCCAGCGUGGCGAAGGUCAAGGCCCUGGAGGACACUUCCGCCAAGGCUGCUGCUGGGGCGGGCCAGGAGAACGCGCGGCCCUGGACCAAGGGGCCGAGCGAGAAGAAGUGGCUCGAGGCGGAGUGCGACUGCUCGUUGGGCCACCGGGCGGAGGCGCUCGCGGACGUGGAGGCGCAGCUGCGGUCAGCCCGUGAGUCACGGGACCGCGCCAAGCCCACGGCAGCGCAGUUACGCGAAACCAACCUCCGUGCCGAGAAGGCGGCUGCCACGCUUGUCGCAGCGGAGACCGAGGAGCAGCGGUGCCAGGCAGCGCUGCAGGCGGCGCGCGCCGAGGUGCUGGAGGCCAAGCAGGCUGAGGAGGCGGCUCGAGCGUACCAGGUUGAGGUUCAGGCGCGCGUCGCUGCAGAGGGCCGAGCCGAGGAGUUGCCAACGACGUGGGCGUGUUCCGAGUGCAGCGCGUGCACCUCGCAGGACGUGUGGGAGCCAGCCUCGAGGAGCUUGGGCUGGCAGCGGGUCUCGCCAAGUUGGCGGCAGACCUGGAGCGGAAGUCUGCUGAGGAGGUGCCUGCAGCUCCUGGUGGUGGGCCACCUGCUGCUGGCGGGGGCGAUGGGAGUGACGCAGCAUCGCCAGGAGCACCAGGGCAGCCUGCAGAUGCCCCAGGAACAGUGCCAGGAAGCG